UGCGUGCGUGCGGUAAUUUGCAGACGGUUCCUGGCGGCUGCAGGUCUGGGGCGGAGCCUGGGCCUUUGUGGAGGAGCCUGUCGGCCGGGUUCCCCCGCGGGUCGGAGCAGCCCUGGGCGGGGCCGGGGUGGGCGCCCGCCCUGACGCAGCGGGGGGCUUCGCUGGCAGCCCCUGGCCAGGUGCGGCCGGUGUCUCGUGGCCCGCAGCCUCCGGCAGCAGCCGGGAGCUGAGUGCAGCCUGCAGGCCUGACGUGGACCCUUGCGAGGAGAAGGAGAACUCCGGUGGCCUGCCAGGAUGACGGACUCUCCUGAAUCGAUGGAAAAGAUCUCGAACGUGUCGACGGAGCAAUGUUUCCAGUCCCAGAACACCGUCCUGCAGGGCCAGCCUUUCGGCGGCAUCCCCACCGUGCUGCUCAUAAACGUGCUCAGUUGGCUGCUCAUCAUUCUGGUCUACUCCUUCCUCCGAAAAGCUGCGUGGGACUACGGGCGCCUGGGACUGCUGAUACACAACGACAGCCUGACAUCCCUGAUCUUUGGCGAUCAGAGCGAGAAGUCGUCCCCAGACAUGUCCGUGGAGGUGGAGCAUAAGGAUAAGGGCUUCUGCACCUGGUUCUUCAACUCCAUCACCAUGAGGAACCAGGAUCUGAUCAACAGGUGUGGCGACGAUGCCCGAAUCUACAUGACGUUCCAGUAUCAUCUCAUUUUCUUUGUGCUCCUCCUCUGCAUCCCCUCCUUGGGCGUCAUCUUGCCCAUCAACUACUUGGGACCCAUUAUGGACAGGAAGAGUCACUUCAGCCGGACCACCAUCGUCAAUAUCUCCACCGAGAGCAAGUACCUGUGGCUGCACUGUUUAUUCUCCUUCUUCUACUUCAUCUGCAACCUCCUCUUCAUGGCCCACCACUGCUUGAUGUUCGUGCCCAGGAAGAGCCACAAGGUAACCAGGACUCUGAUGAUCACCUACGUCCCCAAGACCAUCCAGGACCCCGACAGCAUCAUGAGGCAUUUUCACGAGGCCUACCCGGGCUGCAUCGUGACCAAAGUCCACUUCUGCUAUGACGUCAGGAACCUGAUCGACUUGGACGAUCAGAGGCGCCACGCCAUGCGGGGGCGGCUCUACUACACGGCCAAGGCCAAGAAGAGCGGGAAGCAGAUGAUCAAGGUGCACCCCUGCUCCCGCCUGUGCUUCUGCAGUUGCUGGAAGUGUUUCAAAAGGGUCGAUGCAGAGCAAUAUUACGGCGAGCUGGAGGAGCAGCUGACUGACGAGUUCAACGCCGAGUUCAACCGUGUGCGGCUCAAGCGGCUGGACCUGAUCUUUGUCACCUUCCAGAACGUCAAGAUGGCACAGCGGGUCUAUAACGAUUACAAGUGGGCCACCUGCUACCGAUACCCCCAUCAGUCCUCCUUGACAAAAAGCAUCAAAUCUUACCAGUGGCGCGUCACCUAUGCGUCCCACCCCAAAGACAUCAUCUGGAAGCACCUGGCUGUCCGCUACUUCGAGUGGUGGGCCCGGUUCAUCACCAUCAACACCUUCCUCUUCCUGCUCUUCUUCUUCCUCACCACGCCGGCCAUCAUCAUGAACACCAUCGACAAGUACAACGUCACCCGUCCCAUUGAGAAGCUGAAGAGCCCAGUGCUGACCCAGUUCUUCCCCUCCGUCUUGCUCUGGGUCUUCACCGUGAUCUUGCCACUGAUGGUCUAUUACUCCACCUUCCUCGAGGCCCACUGGACCAGAUCGAAUGAGAAUCUGAUUGUGAUGCACAAGUGCUACAUCUUCCUGGUGUUCAUGGUCCUUAUCCUGCCCUCCAUGGGGCUGACCAGUUUGAAUGUCUUUCUACGCUGGCUCUUUGACAUCUACUAUAUGGGGCGUGCGAGCAUCAAGUUCCAGUGUGUGUUCCUGCCUGACAACGGCGCCUUCUUCGUCAACUACGUCAUCACGGCGGCCCUGCUGGGCACGGGCAUGGAGCUGCUGCGUCUGGGCUCGCUCUUCUGGUACUCCCUCCGCCUCUUCUUCUCCACGUCAGAGCCAGAGCGAGUCCACAUCAGAAAGGACCAGGCCGUGGACUUCCAGUACGGGCGCGAGUAUGCGUGGAUGAUGAAUGUUUACACCGUGGUGAUCACUUACAGUGUCACGUGCCCCAUCAUCGUCCCGUUCGGGCUGCUGUACCUGUUCAUGAAGCACGCCACGGACCGCUACAACAUGUACUACACGUACGUCCCCACCAAGCUCAACGAGCAGAUCCACAAGGCGGCCGUCAAACAGGCCAUUGUCGCACCCAUCCUGGGGAUCUUCUGGAUGCUCUUCUUCUCCAUCCUGCGGCUCGGUACAUCCCACAUCCUCACCUUCAUAUCCAUCACCCUCGUCGUCGUGUCCGUGAUGAUCGCCUUCACUAGCACCUUCAUGUGGAGGAUUCACAGCUCAUCGGUUUCUCGGAGGUACCCGGAGGAGAUGGAGACCGUGUUUGACAUGGAGCCGAGCAGCACUGCGUCCACGCCCACGUCUCUCAUGUAUGAGGCCAGUGUGCUGCACGAGUCCGCGAUGACCCCCGCCUCCUCCCCCGGCCGCCACAGCUACGGCAGCAUGAACAGACCGGCUUAUUCGGAGGAGCUGGACACGUCCUCGUUCCAGCAGGACCUGGAACUGGAGAACCAGAAGCAGUGACCGGGACCUGGGCCUCCACCUGGCGAUGCCCGCCAGGAGUGGCGGCCAGGAGAGAGCCUGGCCGGGGAGUCAGGGGGCCCCGACCCUCCCCGCUUCUCCCAGCAGACUUCGGGCAGGCCCAGCACUGACAUCUGUCGGCCCCGCGUGGACACUCCGGCCUGCCGAGCAGCUAGAACGGGAGCAGCGAGGCAGUGCCCGGGGCCCCUGGCAAGGGCGGGAGGAGACAGGGGGGGCACCACGUCUCGGGAGCAGUGGCUGAAGCCCCCAGUGCAGAUCGAAUCCCGAGGUCACUUCCCAGGGUGGAGCCGGGACAGGGAGAGCAGGGAGGCCGUGCAAGAGGAAGGAGGCCGAAGGGAGCCCCCCAGACUGUCCAGGACCUGCCACCCUCCUGCCAGCGGCCCUGCCCCACACGCCCCUGUGGUCUAAGGAAGAACCUCCUGAGCACAGCCUCAUGGAUGAGACCAUCCCCUUGCCCAGCCCAGGGGUCCCUGGGAUAAGCCGCUGCAGCCACGCCAGCACCAGCCUCGGUCCCCGUCACGUGUCCCCGGGAGCUGGGGGGUGGGCACUGUCUCUUUUCUAAUCUUGUGAGGUCAUCGAACACCCGCCUACCCAUGGGCUCAUUAAACCGGACCUGGUGUAUUUUGGUGAGGACACCUUGGUGGGUCGUAUCUAGCCGGGAGAGGGGCUGAGAAUUCAAGGAGAGAGAGAGAGAGAGAGAGAGAGAGAGAGAGAGAGAGAGAGAGUGAGAGUGUGUGUGUGUGUGUGUGUGUGGCGGGGGGGUCUUCUUCCAAGAUUUGGGGCAGGGGAAACAACCUGCCUCCCCGAGCUCUGUGUGUGUGUGUGUGUGUGUGUGUAUGUGUGUGUGUGUGUGUGUGUGUGUGUGUGUGGCGGGGGGGGGUCUUCUUCCAAGAUUUGGGGAGGGGAAACAACCUGCCUCCCCGGGGCCCAGGCCUGCCGCCCAGGAGCGCGGCUCAGUCCAGGGGAGCUCUGCCCUCAAACUGGUCAUGGGUGGCCCCCAGGCCCAGAGAAGGAAAUUGCCUUUGACCUUAGCGCCACCUGUACCGAGAGACAGGCCCCCGCUGCAGUCCUGCAUGGUUGGGCUGCAGGCCGCGUCCUCCACAUGGCAGGUCUGGGGGACCCGACGCCUGGACCGCAGGCGGGUUUUUCUCUCCCUGUCCAGGAGGGAGGCCGUGGAGCAGGGCCGGUUGGGCCUGGGGCUGAUGGGUCGGUGAGCUCGCCAGUGCUCCUGAGCAGCUCCCCGGGGCCCCAGACUCACCCCUGGGCUCCUGACAAGCCAGGACCAUGGGGGUGCCUGAGCCUGGGUACUUGUCCUCCAAGGGGCCCCCACUCCAGGCUUCCCCCCACCAAGUAAGAACUAGCCCCGAGGGACAGGCCUCGCCUCCCGUAUCCCCGGCUUUGGUCCAGCCUCUUGGCAUGAGAAUGUUUCUGAAGCACUUGGGGUCUCACCCACACACACCCUGGCUUGAAAUAAGGAGGAGAUUGUGCCCAGAGCCCCUCACCAGCGGCCCUGCCCCACCGGCCCCGCCCAGCAUCUCACCGCCCGCCCCCCAGGGGAGGGGCCUUUGCAGUUAGGACCCCUACAGAGGAGCUGACUCAGGCCCCCGGGUCCCAGAGUGUAAGUAAGGGGUCCUGCUGGAAGCUGGCCAGCCCCUGGCCCCGCCCGGCCGCUCCUGCCACGCUGUCACUGCCCCCCUCCCGCCACUGCCCUGUGGCCUGUGUGUCCCCACAGAUGACCACGGCACCUCCCCCAUGAACUCGGGCGAGCCUGGUUCUGAGGGGAGCUGGUGUGAAUAGGGGGGCAGUUCCACGGCCACUUGCCUCCCUGCUCUUCCUAGAGACCCGGCGGGGGGGGGUCUCCCAGUGGCUCAAGUGGAAAGGGGGCGAGGGGCGGGAGAGGUGCCUGAGCCCUGACAGUUGCCUCUGCUGCUCUCUCCGCCCCCCAUUCCCACCACCAUCGCCCCCUGCCCGCCCUGUCUGCCUGCCAAGCACCCUCUCAGAUGCCACCCUUUCUGCAGGGGGCUGCCUAGGAUGGAUGGUGGCACCCAGCCCCUCCGGGAGCGCCCCCCCACCCUCCCGGGUCUCACGCAGCUCCAUGCCUGCCCACCUCUUCCUCAGAAGCUUCUGGAAGCAAAGUGCCUAUCAGCAGCAUUGCCUCCUCUGGGGACCCUGGGCGGGGGACGUGGACUUCCCUUAGUACCACGUGGAAGAAUGUGCCAGAAUGCCCGACCUUGUUACUAAUGCUAUGACUGUGCCUUGAAUAAACACAUCCUCCCAACGUC